UUCGCUGCGAUUGGAUGUUGGUCAGAUCGCGUGAGGAGCACGUAAAAGGAAAUCUCACUAUUAAGAGAACGUGGAUUGAGAAUGAUGUCUGGACGUAGGGUUGUGGUUUUCCCCUCAGUGGCCGAGCUUGGAUGCACUCUGGCCCAGGUGGUGUCCUCUCGAGCAGAGAAAGCUGUCAGCACAGGUGCAAGCUUCUCUCUGGGCCUUUCAGGAGGGAGUUUGGUGUCCAUCCUGAGUAAGGAGCUGCCUGCUGUCCCAAACCUGGACUGCAGCAAAUGGGUCGUUGGGUUCUGCGAUGAGAGGCUCGUUCCAUUCACUGAUCCCGAGAGCACUUAUGGCUUAUAUAUGAAUCAGUUGUUUGGGAAAAUCAACAUUCCAGAAGAAAGGAUUUUGGCUAUAGAUCCUUGUUUACCUGUGCAAGAAUGUGCUGAGGACUAUGCUGGUAAACUGAGCAAGGCUUUCAACACGGAGCAAAUUCCGGUUUUUGACAUGUUGUUGCUGGGAAUGGGACCAGAUGGACACACCUGCUCUCUCUUUCCAGAUCAUCCUUUAUUACAGGAAAGCCAGAGGACAGUGGCGCCCAUCUCUGACUCCCCCAAACCACCGCCUCAGCGUGUCACAAUGACAUUACCCACAGUUAACGCUGCUCGAUGUGUAGUGUUCGUGUCAACUGGGGGCAGCAAAGCUCCUAUACUCAAGCAAGUAUUGGAGGGUGGAGAAGGCCCUGCGCUUCCAGCAGCUCUGGUCGCUCCUCGACUGGGAGAGCUCUUCUGGCUGGUGGACGAGCCAGCAGCUGCCUCCCUCACGUCUCCGGUGGAGAGGCCAGGACCCGGAGCAAAGCUCUGAAUUUAGGAGACAGAACUUGUAAAAUCACUGUUUGCAAAGAUUUUUUACAAUUAUCCUUACAUUAUAAUUACUGCAAUUAUCAUUACUACUGUAAAACUACGAUGGGAUCUAUGAAGUUUUCAGAUUCCAACUAAAUAUAUAUAUAAACAAUAAAGUAGUAAAACAAA